AUGAAUCAGGAUCAACAGCAGAAACCACUAGCAGAGGAGCUUCACUACCGGGUGGCCACGGCCGAGGACGCCUCGCUGCUGCGGCACAGUGAGUCACGCUGCCGGAGGCGGGAUCACGCCGGGUCGACAAUGACGAUGCGGCUCAACCCGUUGUCAAGCCGCGACGGGCUGAGGGAUUGGUAUCACCGGUGCGGGUACAAGGAGAUGGGUGUACGCGAGGCGUUUGUAGGCGGCGGCGGCGGCGGCGGCAACGGCAGCGGGGAUGAUGAUGGGGGUGGUUUGGAGGGGCUGUACUUUGUCGUCAUGGAGAAGAAGUUGGAGGCCGCCGCCGACGAUGAUGACGGGGGUGAUGCGAAUAGUGCUGCAGCAUAA